AUGAGCGCACUAUCAGGAUUUACAAGAGCUAUUUUGUUUAAUAGAACAAGAGGGUCAUGGUUUGCACAAGCAUUUUAUGCAACAGUAGCUGCACCCAAAAUUAAUGUAAAUGUUGGAACAAUCGGCCAUAUUGAUCAUGGAAAGACCACAUUGACAUCUGCGAUUACAAGAGUUCAAGCGAAAAAGGGUAAGUUUCCUCUGAAUGUUUUCGUGGUUCUAUGUAAGCAAACCUCGUUUUUAUUUAUUAUAGGGUUCUCAAAGCAUAUCAAAUUCGAUGAAAUCGACAAAGGAAAAAGAAGAGAAAAAGCGAGGUAUCACUAUUAAUGUUGCACAUAUUGGUUAUGAAAGUGAUAAACGGAGGUAUUCUCACACAGAUUGUCCUGGACAUUCUGAUUUUAUUAAGAAUAUGAUCUGUGGAACAUCUCAAAUGGAUGUGGCUGUUCUUGUUAUUGCUGGACCUGAAGGUGUAAUGGAUCAAACUAAAGAACAUUUGAUUCUUGCUAAACAAGUUGGUGUCAAAAAUAUGGUAAUUUUUAUCAAUAAAGCGGAUAUUACUGAAGAAGAUGUUCUCGAUUUGGUUGAAAUUGAAGCUCGCGAACUUCUUACACUUCAUGGAUUUAAUGGAGAUGAAACAGCAGUUAUCCGAGGAUCAGCAUUGGGUGCACUUGAAGGAGGAGACGCUAGUUGUAUUGAUAACUUGUUGAAUGCUUUGGAUAACUUACCUGAACCAGAUAGAAAUGAAGAAGAAGCAUUUAUUAUGCCAAUUGCAUCAAAAACAGCAAUCACUGGAAGAGGAACUGUUAUUGUUGGAACAUUAGAAAGAGGAAAAUUGAAAAAAGGAGAUAAAGUUGAAAUAAAAGGAGAUGGACAAUCUCUUCAAACAACUGCUUCAGAUAUUCAUGUUUUUGGAAAAAGUGUGAAAGAAGUUCGAGCUGGAGAUCAUUGUGGUGUUUUGUGUCGUGGUCUUAAAGCUGAAACUGUUAAGAGAGGUAUUUCUUUAAAUCUUUUCAAUUGUCAAAUUUAUAAUGGAAAGUAUUCAGGUAUGUGGGCUGGUCAUCCAGGUGCUGUAACUAUUACAAAUCGAGUAAAAGUAGAAUUAUAUUUGCUAUCUGAAGCUGAGAACGAGAGAAAAAUUGGAAUUCGUACUGGAUUUACUGAUAAAAUGUAUUGUAGUACUUGGGAUCAAGUAGGUCGAUUUGAUAUGAAAAGCGAGUUGUUGAUGCCUGGAGAACAUACUUCGGCGACUGUUUUAUUGAUGAAAGAAAUGCCGUUGAGAAAAGGAAUGCCAUUUACAUUAAGAGAAGGAAGCAGUAAAACAACAAUUGCUCGAGGAAUUAUUUCAGAUUUAGAAAAAGGAGUUGUUGUUGAGAAACAUAAUUUGAAAAAAUCUGCAGAAAAAAUGAAUUAG